GAGCCGUGGAGAAUUGCCAAUUGCGAAUUCCGACCGCUUGCGAAUAACACAGACCAGCACCGCUGUGCAAUUGGCUGUGGAGCACGUGCAACGGGAGGACGCCGGUCAUUAUACAUUGAUAGCACGAACGAAAGGUAAUGAUGUUAUUCGCAAAGAUGUGGAGCUCAUUGUCGAGGACAGAUCGACGGGUGAGGAUCCACCCGUAUUUCUACGACGACUGGUUGAUCUGUCGGUGAAACUCACUUGGUACCGAAAUGAUCGACGAAUAUGUGAAAACGAUCGAAUAAAUGAAGUAAACGAGGGCAACUUCCACUAUUUGGAAGUGAGUCCUGUUAUAUUGGAAGAUGGCGGACAGUGGAUGGUGUUGGCUGAAAACUCGGGUGGCCGCAAUUCAUGCAUUGCACAUCUGAAUGUACUUGUGCCCAAAGCUUACAAGGCACCCGAGUUCAUUGAGGAACUACGUGCUGUGCUCACCCAACAAGGCACGGUUUCGCUCGAAUGCAAGGUGAUUGGUGUACCCACACCGCAGUUGCGUUGGUUUAAGGAUUCCAAAGAAAUCAAGGCUGGCGAUGUAUUCGCGCUGACCGCCAAUCUGGAUGACCCCACUUCACUGGGCACAUAUACUUGCGAGGCUGUCAACUGUAUGGGCAAAUCAUAUUCCAGUUCGAAGGUGCAUGUAGUCGGACGUGGCAGUAGGGAGGGAUCGCUCAAACCAGCUGACAGCAUCCCCAACAAUACACCUCCGCCGAUAUUUACGAAUGAGUUGCGCGACAUGAGUGUUCGCAUCGGGGAGCCAAUAAUUCUGGGAUGCCAAG